CCGCGGCGACGCCAAACCCUUGGAAACGACGUUCCGUCAAGGCAAUGGCAAAUGCAAUAUUUGCAAGAAGCCCGUUUUGACUUUGCAGCAUUACCAGCACCACAUUGUAUGGCACAAAGGAAUUCCCAGGCAUCCCUGUCUACAUGAUGGGUGUAAAGCCCGGUUCAGUGCAGCGACAGAAAUGAGGAACCACACCAAGACUCACCAGCCGCUCCUGGCAGUGUGCUGCUUCCCAGGUUGUCAGGAGCGCUUGGCUUGUCUUCCGGAGCUUAACCGUCACGAACAAGAACACUAUCGUCUUCCAAAGGAAGGGAAGGAUGAAUCCGUUUUCUCUACCCUUCUCACCAAUAACACCUCUGUAAAAGUGAUUAAACGGUGUAAGGUGAGGAGGAAUAAGCUACAGAAGAUGCAGGGUGUAAAGAGACUAUGGCCUCUUAGAGAAAAGGAGGGAUCGGCAACUGACCUCACUACUACUACUACUGUAAAGGUAACUAGGAAGUAUGACUUGACCAAGACGUUAAAGAAAACGCAGGUCGUAAAGAAACGGCAUGUUCCCAGGGACAAGGAUCCCUGUACUACUGACCGCUCUAACGUCUCUGUAAAAGUAACAAAUAAGUUGAAGAAAUUGCAGGUUAAGAGGAAACCGUGUGUUGUUAGGAAAAUGAACGCCUCAACCACUCCCGUCACCACGGCCAAUGAAAAAGCUGAAAAAGUGAGCAAGAAGUUAAAGAUGAUUCGUAAGGUAAAGAAAGCGUUGGCUGUAAAGCGACAGAACGUUAGCAAAGACAGUUAUACCCCAACUGGUCCAACCACCUCUACCACAAUUAUCGCCACUGAAAAAGUUACCAAAAAGCUACAAAUUAUAAAUAACUUGAAGAAAAUGCUGGUUAUUAAGAAACCGAACGUUAGCAAAGAAAAGGAUACCCAACCUGGCCCAACCACCGACACAAAAGUGACAAAAAAACCUAAGGUGACGCAUAAGUUAAAGAAAACGCAACUUGUAAAGAAACAGAGUGUUGUAAAAGACAUCAGGAAGAUCUCCAUCGUUAGCACAGAUGAGGAUACCCAACCUGUUCCUCCCACAGUCACUCCGAAAGUCACAGAGAAGUUACCAAUGGUGACAGAUGAGGUAAAGAAAACACAAGUUCUAAAGAAACAAAGUGUUAUCAAGGAACCCAAGAGGCCUGUUAGCAAAGAACCUAGGAAGACCUCCAAAAAACCUGUGAAGUCAAAGACCUCUGGUCCAGAGAAACAUGUUAAUAAAGUCACAGAAGUGCUAGGAAGUAAAGACAAAGAAGUGGUAGAAAGUAAAUCAAAGGAGGAAGAUGAUAAACCAUUGGUAGAAACAUCACACUCAACAGCUAGCAGUGUCUGUGACCAGAAGAUGGUUAACGGACACUUAAAGGAGAUUACUAAGGAAUCACCAAAAUACCAGACAAGUCUUAAAAAAACAAGUCUUAAAACAAGCACAGUUUCCAAAUCCAAGAAAUGCGAACCACGAAACCAUAAACCUGCUACUCCCAAAACCCCUACAAAUACUCCCCAAACCCCUACAAAUACUCCCCAAACCCCUACAAAUACUCCCCAAACCCCUACAAAUACUCCCAAAACCCUUACAAAUACUCCCCAAACCCCUACAAAUACUCCCCAAACCCCUACAAAUACUCCCCAAACCCCUACAAAUACUCCCCAAACCCCUACAAAUACUCCCCAAACCCUUACAAAUACUCCCCAAACCCUUACAAAUACUCCCCAAACCCCUACAAAUACUCCCCAAACCCCUACAAAUACUCCCAAAACCCCUUACAAAUACUCCCCAAACCCUUACAAAUACUCCCCAAACCCCUACAAAUACUCCCAAAACCCCUACAAAUACUCCCAAAACCCCUACAAAUACUCCCAAAACCCUUACAAAUACUCCCAAAACCUCUACAAAUACUCCCCAAACCCUUACAAAUACUCCCAAAACCCCUACAAAUACUCCCCAAACCCUUACAAAUACUCCCCAAACCCUUACAAAUACUCCCAAAACCCUUACAAAUACUCCCAAAACCCCUACAAAUACUCCCCAAACCCCUAUCAAGGAGGAAGCGAAAAACUCUACUUUCUUUGGGAAGAUUAAAAACAGGCCAUACAUCCGGCCUCCGCCCACCGCCUACCUAGACGAGAGGUACACCACCAUGCCGAAACGCAGGAAAGAGAUGUCCUGGACUCCUCAUUUCUCUCCAGUGCUCCCGGACCUGGUGGUGGAGGCAUCGGGGACCACGGCUACACCGUUAUUAGUCCAUAGACGACGCUGUGCCAAGUGUUUCUUGUCCUUCAACAGUGGAGAAGAGUUGCAGACGCACCUCUCGUUGAAGAAGUGUACAAAACUUUUUGGCUUCGACUCAGAUGAGGACAGUAAGUAAGUAGCUGGUGAAGCUUAUAGACAAGAGGACAUGUUUGGAUGUGCUGCUAGG